GUGUAGUAAACAUUCUUCGCGAGAUGAGAACGGUUGAGGUUUUCUUUCUGUUGUUUCUAGCAAGUGUAGAAUCCCUAGAAGAAGGCGACGACUGCAACCUUCCGACUGGACAAAAAGGGUCGUGCGUAAAUAUACACGAUUGUGCGUAUGCCAGACAACUGUUGAAGAACAAGCAGUAUCCGGAGACAUGCGGAUUUGAAAAAAAUAAUCCACUAGUUUGUUGCAUCGAAGCUGAGUUCAGAACAUCCAGUGAAACUGGCGUGUUAAGUGCUGCAAAAUGUAAAGAGUACUAUCCUUAUAAAAAAUAUUUCAUACUUAUUGGUGCAGCAAAACCGUCCCUUGCGAAGGAAUUUCCACAUAUGGCAAUAAUUGGGUUUGGUGACAGAAAUGACAUUCAGUGGUCGUGUGGAGGAUCUCUAAUUAGCCACACUUUCAUUUUGACAGCAGCGCACUGCUUAGGAUCAUCGGAAUUCGGUGCCGCAAAAUUCGUCCGUUUGGGUGACCUAGACAUAGCAAGUGACACUGACGAAGCAGCUCCUCAAGACUUCGACGUAAAAAGGACAUUCGCUCACCCAGGAUACAGGAGACCAGCGAGAUACCACGACAUCGGCUUAAUAGAAUUAGACAGGAAAGUCAAACUAACGGAAUUCGUUGCUAUAGCUUGCCUGGAUACCCACAGGGAACAUAACGAGACUCAGAUGACGGUUACGGGAUGGGGAAGAACGGAAUUCCUUGGAAACCCCAGCAGCCAUCUCCUGAAAGCUAACUUCAACGUUGUGCCUAACAGUGUUUGUAGAUCAGCGUAUCAAAAGACAAGCCCUUCUCUUUUGCCUUCUGGAAUUGUGGACGAUGCUCAGAUCUGCGCAGGAGGGACUAAAGAUCAAGAUACUUGUCAAGGCGACUCUGGCGGACCUCUCCAGGUUAUAAACGGAGAAAGGUCUUCCUCCAUCAUAGUGUUCGAUAUUGUGGGAGUAACGUCUUUUGGUAAAGCUUGUGGACUGUCAGCUACUCCCGGCGUAUACACUAGAGUAUACAAUUAUUUGUCUUGGAUAGAGAGUAUCGUGUGGCCCUACUCAUAGGAACAAACAAGAUAUUUUAAAACGAAUGUGUUGAUUUUGAAAAACCGUCAAAUAAAUUAUCGUUGUUGUAUAGUA